AUGCAAAAAAUCAAGUGGAUUAGUGACAAGAACAAGUCCAAGACAAGCAAAGUGAAGAUUUUAAAUUGUGCCCAGGCGGAAACCAUUCAUGAACUUCGGAAGCUUAGAGAUGAUAAUUGCUUUAAGAAUGAAACUAGUGAGGCUUAUAUUGAAGGGAGAACCAUAGGCAACAUCAUUUAUAAAUGUUGGAACCACCCUAAACUUAGGAAAAAUAUUUUUAAUCUUAUGAUGCCUUAG